UUUUGGUGUUAUCAAUGUCACGAUUACUAAGAACUAUGAUAUUUCAUCAGAAAUAUAUUAUACAGUGUUUAUAUUUAUAGCAAUUUAAUGUGCAUACAACUAUGGUCGAUCAAAACGAAUAUGAAACGUAUUUAUAUAUAAAAACAUUUUCUAUCAGUAUAUCAUUCAAAGUAUAAACAAGAUGAUGUUCAAAGUGAUUUAUAAUUUAUUUUGUGUAUUGACAUUAAUACGUGCUUUGGAAGAUCCUUUCGAUUUCGAUAUAGAAACGUGCGUAAAGAUUUUUUAUACCAAAGAGAACACGUACAACAUCUACUGUCUGACUUAUAUCGAUAACGAGGAUUCCUUAGGGAUAAUAACCGAUCACAAUGAUACGAUAACGUUUAAAAAAAAUCCGGAUUCGACCGAUGAAAGUAAAAUAUGUGCCGUCGUUCGGUCUGUACAAGGCGACGAAAAACAUUGUUUGGGUUCGAUACGAUAUAAUUGUAUGACUAUGCACGAAAAUCCGAAAACUAGGUUCGUCAAAACGCCCGAAAAUAUACCUUGCAAGGAGAUACCUUUGGAAGAAACUCAGGUUUAUUGUAUAGGUUUCGGUAAUAAUGAUUUUACUUUGGUUUUUUAUUGCGAACCCGUCAUAUUUUAUCUACGAAGGACCGUUCUGUAUGUACCAGAUAAUAAACCGAAACGAAUAUAGAAUAAAGUUAGUAAAUAAAAAUAUUAUUAGUUAUAUUAACUAAUCAUAAACAUUUUAUUAUGAAAUAAUUUGCAACAUAUUGUGAGGGGAUACAAUAUUCGUACAAAGACAUUCAAGGUUAUACGUAAUACAAAUUGUUUUUUGUAAAUAUCUCAUUUUCUAAUGCCUUUAUGAUAUUUUUGUUUAUCAUAAAUAUUUUAGAUAAUAAAAUUCUCUACAACUUUUGUUUGAAACAUUUUUUUAUAGAUCAAACCGUUUUUGAGAUAUAGGGUUGAAAAGUAUCCCGACUUAAAACAUCAAAAUUAAUACAAAUUGAUUUUCGAAAAUAUCUCAAUUCCUAUUGCUUUUAUGAUAUUUUUGUUCAUCAUAAAUAUUUUAGAGAAUAAAAUCCUCUACAACUUUUGUCUGAAACAUUUUUUUAUAAAUCAAACCGUUUUUGAGACACAAGGUUGAAAAGUAUCCAGACUCAAAACAUCAAAAUUAAUACAAAUUGUUUUUCGAAAAUAUCUCUAUUCCUAUUGCUUUUAUGAUAUUUUUGUUUAUUUUAAAUAUUUUAGAGAAUGAAAUUCUCUAAAACUUUUGUCUGGAAUACUUUUUUAUUAAUCAAACCGUUUUUGAGAUACAAGGAUGAAAAUGAUCCCGACUCAAAACAUCAGAACUAGUACAAAUAGUUUUUCGAAAAUAUCUCAAUUCCUAUUGCCUUUAUGAUAUUUUUGUUUACUUUAAAUAUAUUAGAGAAUAAAAUUUUCUACAACUUUUGUCUGAAACAUUUUUUUAGAAACCAAACCGUUUUUGAGAUACAAGGCUGAAAAGUAUCCCGACUCAAAACAUCAGAACUAAUACAAAUUGUUUUUCGGAAAUAUCUCAAUUCCUAUUGAUAUGUCCAUCUAAUAUAAAUAUUUUAGAGAAUUAAAUUUUCUAUUUUUUAUAUUUCUAGUUCCGACUAUUUAGAAAUAUAUGUGAGGCAUUUGAAUUGGAGGGUUCGUUGUAUGUUGUAUAUUUAUGGCCCCCUAUCUCAAAAACGCUUUGACAUAUAAAAAAAUGUAUCAAAAAAAAGUUAUAGAGAAUUUUAUUCUCUAUAAUAUCUAUAAUAACUAUAAAUACCAUUGGGGUCAUAGAAAACGAGAUAUUUAUAAAAAACCAUUUUUGCGACCUUUGAAUUUUUGAUUCGUAUGAAUGGACUAUAACUAAAUCAGGUAACGAGUGUUAUAUUCCUCAUUUUUAUCGACACUCUGUACAUUAUUAUGUAUUUCCUUAAUAUAGGUAAACUAUUUUUUCCCUCACAUCUAGUAAAAUUAAAUUUGACAUACUGUAUAUUUAUGUUUAAUUCUAAUGGUAUUAUUUUGUAUUAUUAUUUGUUAAAAUUACUAAUUUAUUGUCAUUAACAAUAUAUGUAUUAAAAAAAUUAAAUAAUAGAAA